AAUGAUGAAGUCCUCUGUACACGCAGAAGAAGAUGACUUUGUGCCAGAGCUCCAGAGAAGCAUCCAUCCCAGAGAGCGGCCAGACUGGGAGGAGACUCUCAGCGCUAUGGCGAGAGGUGCAGAUAUCCCGGACAUUGGAGGCGAGCUGGCGCUGCGGACCUGCGGCAGCACAGCGAGUAUGAAAGUGAAGAACGUGAAAAAGUUAUCCUUUACAAAGGGUCACUUCCCGAAGAUGGCUGAGUGCGCGCAUUUCCAUUACGAAAACGUGGACUUUGGCAACAUACAGCUUGCAUCCAACUCCUCAGAAAAACGCAUCCCUGGCACAAGAUCACACCUCUGGGGGAAAUUCAGGAUUAUUUUGCUGUCAUGA